GGUGCGCAGGACACGGGAAAGUAAGAGGCAGCAGGAGACCCCACUUUCACUCACUACUUUCUCCCAAAAGCACACUAUACUGCCACAGCCACAAACUUAUUGUCCCCGUUGGAAAUUAUCUGCCUUAUUUAAUACACAUUUUUAAAAUUUUGCGAGCAAUUAUUUCGCACACGAUUUUGCAAUGAGUUUUACAUAAUAAACGCGGCAUUGUUGUUUGGAUUAAUUAAUAAGUGUGAAGGCAUCCUCCACUUUCUCAGUUCAUUCAUCAUACAUUCACACACAUUUGAGGAUGGACAGGCUCUCCGGAAACCCGCCAGAUUUGGUGGCUACCACUCCGAAUGGAUCUCAACCCUCGCACACGCCACCUUCUUCCUCUCCCCCACUUUCGACCGUGUCCACACCCACGCUUCCAGCAACGGCGAGUUCGCCGCAAUCCGCGACAAACCCAUUGUUCAACUUCCACCACCCGCAAGAUCAGAAUAUGAACAGGUUGAGGAGAGAGUCCGACUACAAAAUUAACAUCGACAUCAACCCGCAACAACAACUGCCAUCCAACAAUAGUGCUGCUGAUGGGGGAGAGGAAUUCAUUUAUGAAAAUAAAAUCAAGUUUGUCCCAUCCACGCCGAAGGAUAUGGAUGUCAUGAAGAAUAUAAGGAAAGUUUAUGUGUCGAGAUUUGAUGACUCGCAAUGCGGUUACAAAGUCACGAGUGAAAGCGGGGAAGGUGUUUUUGAAACGGUGCAAGGGGAAACGGACGGUGGGCUGUGGUCCAGAUAUUUCCGACAACAACAAAGCGUCAUUCUGAUCAAGGACAGGUUUCAAAGGGGCGUCCUAAAAUUGGACUUUGGUCGAAGCAGGACCGUCUCGUGCUGCCAAACUUUGCGAUUUGCAGCAAUAACAGCCCAUUUCAAGUCCAAAUGGGAGGAACCACUUUGCGUAAUUUUUAAAGAUAGGGGAUGCUGCAUUUAUUCGUGCUGUUCAACCGGCGUUACGUAUGAAUCCGUUCCACAACAAGAUGCUGUUCAUCCUUUUACGGUCAAAACGAAGAGAAAUUGGAGAAACAGGGCAGAAUUUAUGGUUAAACACAGCGAUGGGUCAAUCCUUGCAUUUAUUGACAAGGAGAAAAAGUGCUAUACGCUAACCAUGGGAGAAAAUCUUAAACCCAUGAUGAAAGCCAAUCUAAUCGGGUUUGUUAUUGCAAUGGACAUCAUGGACCGCGAGGAUGCCGGUCGAUUAAACUGCUACCUUCGGCCGAGCACCUACGUCAUCAUUUUGUUCCUCUUCAUGCUCUUCUUCAUGAUUGGAGCCUUUCUAUUCCAUUUCGUGACCGCCAUGGUUCUCGCCUGGCCGAAGAAAGGACGCGCCCUGGGCUGCAUGGAUGACGUCCACAUUGCCCAAGACGACCCUUUCUACCCCCACAACCACACCCACAGCUUACAUGACCAUUCUCCCCCUCACAACUUCACAGUCGCUCAUGACAUUUAACAAAAACAACGAAAAAGAAGAAGAAAAUGUUCACAUAGAUGUUUUGGUUAAUAAUUUGGCCAUGUCAUGAAGUAGAGAUUUAGCUCUUAGAUUUUAUUGGCAAUGCUAAAUAUUAUUGCAUUGCGAAAAUCUUGCAGCCAUGAAUUUAGCCAAUUUUACGAAACAUGUAACAAGCAGAUUAUACAAAGGAAAUUAGUUUUUUGACAUUGUUGCAACAGUUCAUGCAUGCCGUUGCCACCUCAUCUUCAAAACACUGCAGUAUUAAUAUACGUACAACGAUACAUAGUAAUCUCAAUAAGAAAAAUGCUACACGAUUAUAUUGCCAGACGUACUUGAAAAGUGGUACUUUGUUCGUAAACGAAACGUUAUUACGUGCAUUGUCCCAAAUAAUAAUGAUGAAAUUAUUAUGCAAUUAUAAUGCAAUUAUUUAUGAUAGAUGAAGAUUUUGCUGCUGGUCAGUUAGCUUCAUUAUUUAUUGAUAUUCAAUUAUGCAACUUUCUCUGUUUGAUGCAGUAGAAGCAGUUAUAAAUACAUACAAGUGGAUUUCCUUGAUACUAGUUAUUUACACAAGUACUUACAUAUUCCUUUCACGAAGAAUCGAGCGUAGAAGGCCUUAAAAUAUAGAUAAUUUGAUGAUCAAGUGAUUCAGUAACUAGAUACAUAAUUUGUGACGAUGCGAUGUACGUAUUCAUAAAUAAAUAUUAAAUUAAAUACGACAAAUUAUCCCAUAAUU